AUGGAAAUGAUAAAUGAAGUUGAUAUUGAUGGUAAUGGACAAAUUGAAUUCCCAGAAUUUUGCGUCAUGAUGAAACGAAUGAUGAAAGAAACAGAUUCAGAAAUGAUUCGUGAAGCAUUCCGAGUAUUCGAUAAAGAUGGAAAUGGUGUUAUUACAGCUCAAGAAUUUCGAUACUUUAUGGUUCAUAUGGGAAUGCAAUUUAGUGAAGACGAGGUGGAUGAAAUGAUUCGAGAAGUAGACGUCGACGGUGAUGGAGAAAUUGAUUAUGAAGAAUUUGUAAAGAUGAUGAGCGAACGAUAA